AUGGCAUCCCAGGAACUAGUUCUCAGUGUGUGGUGCCUACACCAGCAGCAUCGCCUGGGAACCCUUCGAAAUGGCAAACUCAAAAGAAACAUGAUGCCUCAGACCUCAGAGAAGAAAAGACAAGUCCAUUUAGCCAAGACCAAGAGGAGAUGUCAUGAAAGAGUUGCACUUCCUGUAAGGCUGACCAGUUGCAUUUUAAAGAGGCCAGUCACAAGGAUAACUUCUCAUCCUGACAAUGAGGUCAGGUACAAUGAAAGGGAAAGGACUUUGGAGAAGCCCCAGCAAAUCUGUGCAUACAGGAGGCUGCAGGGACUCCAGGCCUGCAGCAGUGAAGGAGAAACUUUAAGUACUUUGGACUUCAUAAAUAUCGCACAAAUAAUUUCACUGGGUAACGCGGCUGCGGGGUCUCCACUUAGCAGCUCUGAGCCCAGCAUGGUACCAUCUUCAGCUCGGGUGGGGAUGAUCCCAGGAGUGGAUCUCUGUCUCCUUCCAUCCAUCUGCAGAGAGCCAGUAGUAACACCUGGAGAUAUCCGGAGACAGACGUGGAGAGUGAAAGAUGCAAGAAAGAGAUUGGCUGAAGCCUUGAGAGAAGACAGGCUCGCCAGGGAGGUGGAGAGAGCCAGAAGCCAAGAGGGACAUUCUGACAACUAG